GGCAGAUUUUGUUGUGUCUCGUUCUUGUUCUCAGGUCCUCUGGGUCCUCGUUGCCUUGUCAACAGUGUGUCACUACUUGGCCCACUGGGUCAGUACUGUUCUGUGUUUUUACGUUCGCUUCAUCCCUUUGUCCUCGUAAGCUCACCAUAACCCUGUUUUCUGCAAAAUAUGAUAUAUUAUAUGACCACUCAAAACAGGAUGAAAUUCAAUCCUCCUGACAGCUAUGUCACAACAACAACAACAACAGUCUGAAAUUUGUUUUUCUCCGGAUGCAUUAAAGAAAAAAAGACUUUUGUGCCACUUAAACAUCACAAUGUCAUUACCUCCUAAUGACACAUCUGAAGCCACUGGUUCCUUCUAAGCUGCAGCCUUCUCUUUGAAGACGGAAGGUCAGGGAGGACUGCACGAUAAGUUAACAGGGCCACUGACAGCUUUGGCCGGGCCUGGGGUAAAGUCAUCUGAAAGGCCCCACCCUCACUCAAUACAUGCGAUGCAAUGGAUACCCAACUCUGGGCCCCCUUUCAACCAGGAGAGAAGACCAUAGAGCGCUCGCUAUUCUUUCCUUUAGCCAUUCCAGGCCCCCACUCUUCCUGGGCCUGGCACAACUGGUCCCUUUGUCCGCUGUCUUUUGACUUCCCUGAUAAGAAAGUGGAAGUGGAGCCAGUAAUGUGCUAAUCAAUGAGAUAAAGAACAACGCGGCCCUUUGCCAAAAAGCCAGCUAAUCUAAUUUGUCCCAAAGAGCAUGACAGUCAAUGGGUCAGAAAUAGAACAAUUAGCCUGUUUUCUCUCUCCCUUUUUCAUCGCUAAUAGCACGAGGAAGGAAGCUUUGGAUUUGGGCCCCAGACACGGAGGAGCUGAAAUGGCUUUUGCCAUGAAUGCCCUCUUUGUGUCUGUGUGUGUGUGUGUGUGUGUGCCCCAAACGCAAGCAGGUUUUUUAACGACGGUGAAAGGAGGGGUAUUAAGUGUUAUGCUUCUGGAGUUUGCAAGUACUCUUGGUGUGUUUGGAAAAGCUUUUUCCCCCCUCUCUUUGCCCACUCACCACUGCAGCCAGGAAGGUGUAUGUGCAGUGGGCGUGCUCUCACUCACAUCAAAGAGCAGAGGUCAACAAUCACAGUCUGAAAUCUCCAUUAGUCUGCUGAAGUUUCCAUCUGGGGACAUUUGGAGUGGUUCGUUCAUGUUCAAAAUAUUAGUUCCAAACAAAAGGUGCCGUAUGUAUUACGGUUCUGUGGGCCUUGUCAAGGCGAGAUGUCUUCUCCAGACUACUAAUGGUAUACACAGCUCCUCUCUCCCUCAGGAGACUGAUCAGGAUGUGUGUUUUUGAUAGUAAAGCUACUACUUUUUUCAUUCUGUUGAGAAGGUGGACAUUCAAGGUACAUUUAUUUGAAAUUGUUUAUUGACUUUUACAGAGACCCAGCUUAGUGGAUAAAAAGAGAUUUGCGCACUCGUCAUAUGGUGCACAUCAUCGCACUGUAUGGCUUCUGCAGUAGAGCUCUAUAAACUUAAGAAAGAUGUCUACCCAGGAAAAGGACUUCAUCUUUUACACACGGACUUGAACUUCGACUUUGCAUACUUUGGUCACCUCUGUGUGUGUGUGUGUGUGUGUGUGUGAGCUUACGGAUAAGUGCUAAACCAGCAAUAGCUUUCAUUGCGGGUGUGAAACGGUCCUAAGGCCUACGGUAAAAUCGGAUUUUCUGCUUAACAACAGUUCCGAUUUUGGGAUUAGCGAAAAGAGAAUGUACAGCCGUGAUGGCGUAAUAACUUAUGAAACUCUCCCGUCGUGAGGUGAGUUGAGGCUCUCUUAUUUCCCUUCAGGCGUGGAUGUGGGGGUGGUGGACAGCAGUCAAUUUCCGGAUAGCAGCUGCCGCCGCAGCAGCCACUGCCUGCCUACCUGUUAAACAAGUACAUCAAAACAGAAGUGCCUUCCGGGCUUAUCUACUGUGACACCUGGAGGAGAUACAGACAACACAGCAGACUGCAAACUUGAAGGUUGUGUGGGUGAUUCAUUUUAGCACAACUUUGUGAUGCGUCUCAAAAUCGUACGUACAUACAGAUAACUGCAGAUUUGUUGCACCGGCUUCUCCCAUGGCAAACAACAGUAGCCAGAGCAUCUGUAAUGGCUAUAGAUUUGUAAAGGUCAAGUUCCACGCUCUAUUCCUUUGUGCCCCAGUGAAACUGCUUGUUGGCCAAGUUUCCCAUGCACAUACCUUCCUUGUUUGUGAUUGCUACUGCAUGCAUACCCAGCUGAGAAGGAAGGGAGAGGUUUAGGCCUUCAAGAACUCACUCUUGCUGGAUCUUCCGUCAUCUGCCUUUCCUAUUCUCUCAGUUCCAUGUUCAAAGAGCCCAUUUUAUAUCUGUACUGCACGUGCGAGGGCUUAGAGAGAGAAACUGCUGAAAGACCUAUCAGAAAGUGAUAAUGCACAAUGUCUGUGAGAGACCAGAAGCUGUAAACUAUUCUCGCUCGUCUUUUUUGUUCUCUUACACUUACACUUUACACUCUUACGCAGCUAUAGCCACAUGUCCUCAACACCUCCUAAAAGCAAUUUAAAAGCCCAGACUGAAACUGCACUGUGUUUCACAGCACAGUUCUACUGUAACAUUCACAGGGAAGGCGAGGCGAGAUUGAAAAAGCGGGGCCUGCAUUUCCCUUCCAGCUAGGAAAAUAAUGAGGCAGCCUUUUCGCCGGCUCAUGCAAUAGGAUUCAUUGCACGUGUUUGUGUGCACAGCCAUUUCUCUCAUUCGGAGCGGGCUGAAUUGAAUAUUGGAAGCUCAAGCUCAAAGUGCUAAAGGGCAGCUGCUGAGCGGAGAUGUUGGAGGUGAUGGCAGUAGACAGGGGUGGCGCUAUGGGCAGUGGGUCAUUUGCCCCUGGGCCCAGGGAGUGGAGGUGCAAAAAGCACACCAGAAAAGGAGCUGCUGGCAACCAGUAAAAGACUUGAAGGAAGAGAGAAGUGCCGUACACUCCCGAGUUGCAGAAAUGAUCUUUUAAUGUGACCGCGUUUUGGCCUGCCAGUCUUCCUCAGGUCACGUGACCCUCUUGUGACCAUGGCAGGCCGUAUGGGGGGCCCUAUCAGUGUUUUACCCUUGGGCCCUGUGUGCACUUGUUCCGCCACUGGCAGUGGAGCAGAGGCAGACUGAGACUGAGAGGGGCUGGUAGAACCUGCCUGGUUGGUUUUCUCGUUUGGAAUGCACGUUAUUUCCAUACUCGCUCGACCGUGGGCUGGUUGGCUGUCUGGUUGCCUGGCUGGCUGGGCUGAGAGAUAUCGUGAAUGUGACAAAAAAGAGAGAAACCAAUUGCAGGUCAAAGCAGCACAGCAGAGCUACUAGCUACUAGUGGCUGGGUAUAGCUCCCACACACGCACAAUCACAAUCACACACAGCCAGACACCUCCGUGGAAGGUGGACAGGUCAGGGGACCACACACACAGAUGUGGCCAGAAAAUGUCGUUGACAUGUCUGCCAUGCGAGCCGGAGAGAGAAGGCCUUGGGGAUGGACCCCAGGAGUACCUGAAGAUUUAUCCUUAGAAGAAAGGGAUGAGUUGACGAAUAUACGGAGGCGAAAGAAAGAACUACUGGAUGACAUUGAGAGGUUGAAGUUUGAGAUUGCCGAGGUGAUGACGGAGAUUGAGCAGCUGACCUGCGUGGGCGACAGCAAAACGACGCAGAAAAACAAACAGAUCGCCAUGGGGCGGAAAAAAUUCAACAUGGAUCCAAAGAAGGGCAUCCAGUUCCUGCUGGAGAAUGACCUGCUACAGCAGACUCCCGAGGACAUCGCCCAGUUCCUCUACAAGGGCGAGGGCCUCAACAAGACCGUCAUCGGGGACUACUUGGGGGAGCGGGAUGACUUCAACAUCAAAGUGCUGCAGGCAUUCGUGGAGCUCCAUGAAUUUGCUGACCUCAACCUUGUACAGGCCUUAAGGCAGUUCCUGUGGAGUUUCCGUCUGCCUGGUGAGGCCCAGAAGAUUGAUCGCAUGAUGGAGGCCUUCGCCUCUCGCUACUGCCAGUGCAACCCCGGAGUCUUCCAGUCCACAGACACGUGCUACGUGCUGUCGUUUGCCAUCAUCAUGCUGAACACCAGUCUCCACAACCCCAACGUGCGGGACAAGCCCCCCGUGGAGCGCUUCAUCUCCAUGAACAGAGGCAUCAACGAGGGGGGAGACCUGCCGGAGGAGCUGCUCAGGAACCUGUACGAGAGCAUCAAGAGUGAACCCUUUAAGAUCCCGGAGGACGACGGCAACGAUCUGACACACACGUUCUUCAACCCGGACAGGGAAGGCUGGCUGCUGAAACUGGGUGGAAGAGUGAAAACCUGGAAGAGAAGGUGGUUUAUACUUACAGACAACUGCCUCUAUUAUUUCGAGUACACAACAGAUAAGGAGCCUCGGGGCAUCAUUCCUCUGGAGAAUCUCAGCAUUCGGGAGGUGGACGAGCCCAGGAAACCAAACUGCUUUGAGCUCUACAACCCCAACCACAAGGGCCAGGUGAUCAAGGCGUGCAAGACAGAGGCGGACGGGCGGGUCGUCGAGGGCAACCACGUGGUGUACAGGAUAUCAGCCCCGACGCCCGAGGAGAAGGAGGAGUGGAUCAAGUCCAUCAAGGCCAGUAUCAGCAGGGACCCCUUCUACGACAUGCUCGCUACCAGGAAACGAAGGAUCGCCAACAAGAAGUGAGGAGGGACAGACGUGGACAAGGAUGGAGCGAGGGGACAACUGACCAACUGCCCAAUGACUCACCACUGCCCCCUGGACCCCUGGGGGACCUUUUCAAAAGACAAUAGAAAGUGCUGAUGUGCACCAAGGUUGCUUAGUCGGCAGCUCUGGGCCCGCCCAAGAAAUUGCUUGUUUUCCCCCACGUUUGCUCCACCCGCUGUAUGUAGGGGCUAAUCAAUAUGCCAAAUGACUGGCAGUGAUUGGCACCGCACGACCACGGGUGGAGCAUUCGGAGGGGGAAACAAUACAGUUUUAUGGGUGGGCCAGAGGAGUUGACUGGGUCAAUGUUCAGAAAGUAAAAGUCCUGACGGGUACGGUAUUUGCUCCAGCCAAUCCACUCCUCCCGGUGAUUGCUGGUAGAUGAGAUAAUCAGUGAGUUUAUCUGUUUUGAGAGAAUGAGCUGAAGAAGUAAUACAUGGCAGAUGGAAGGACUUUUUACUUUCUUCAGAAGAGUGACAGUAUGCACAUCCCACCUCACUGAGGCCAGGUGCAGGAAAAAGGCGAAUCUGAAAAUAGAGAGAGUAGAAUUCCGCACACUGCAGCUGUGUCGAAACGUUGUGAAUAAACCUGCCAAUCAGAGCUGCAGUGUGCACACUUCUCCUCUCUCUAUUGUCAGAUAGGACUUUUUACUUCCUCAAUCCAGUUCGUCCGUCUUUGCAUAUGCAUCACAUCCAACACAGCUCACGACUCUCCACUCGUCCAGUAAACCCUCACCCCACCACCUCCCUGCUCUGCCUUUGGCUGAGGGUUGACGCAAAACUGUCUGGACUGUCCGCCAUUUCUUCUACGUCACUCUGGAUGCUGUGUGUCAGGAGUCCUGGACAAUUAAAGGUGGGCAAGGGACAUGGCAGAGUGGGACCAAGAGCGUUGGGCGUCCCGAAAUCCCCCCCUCAUCUGUUCCCCCGUACAUGAAGCCACUGCCAAACACCCGCCUCCCUGACCCUGACCCACAGAAGUGACGGCCGCAAACUCACCAAGGCCUGUUUAGUCUGCUCAGCUCAUGUUGUUUAUAGACAAUCACAUCCUGUGUUUCUCCAAUCUCCAGGAGAAGCUAACUGUGAUUAAUCUUUUUUUUUUUUUUUUAGUUGUUGUCACAUGCAUGUGUGUGGGUAUGUGGAUUUGUACGUUUGUUUGUACGAAUGCAAAGUAGGUAUACAAUCGAUCGCAGAAAUGCAAACCUCUAACGGUAACUGUGUUUGAUGGCUACAGCUAAAACCAAGUGUCGACUGGACUGGACUUGUCAUGUCAUGUCUUUUGUUUUCGAUCGUAGUCUUCUCAUCGCUCCAGUCCAUUCACUGUGAUGGGGACAGAGCAUAGUUUGCAGUUUCCCCACUAAAAGCCAGUGCUUUAUUGGAAUCAAGCUUAAUAAAUGGAGACACAGCUAACAGUGUCUCUCCAGAGUGCCAGAAUACAGCUGCUUGCUGGUGGCAAUUGUUUUAAGACGUCGUUACAAGUCGAUCUUUAAAGUCUUACGUUUUAUUUGAGCUGAACAAUCCUGGAAGUUAAUAGCGCAGUUUUAAGAGUCAGCUGGACUGAUUUCACACCUUGUGUUAAUAGAAAAUUGAUUGUCUAUUUGUUUUGAUUUGUUUUGUUUUUUCUCUCUUUUUUGGGAAGGUAGUUACCAGUGAAUUUAAGCUCAGCCCUUAGACAACAGAUGUAGAUAUUCAAAUCUACAGCGCGUGUCAAUGUGAUGUUGUGCAUUUUUGUCUUCUUUCCACCACCCUUUUAAUCUACCGUACUAUUAAGAAAUUGCUUGCAGUUGUGUCUACCCUUUGGGAAAAAAAACCUAUAUAAAUAUAUAUUUGAAUAUCUUUUCUAUAUAUUUAUUUUCUCUGUGAAAAAAAGUUCCAAUUUUACCAGUAAUUGUUAAACUAUAGAACUAAGUUAUAUGUACAUAAUGUAUAAAAAUUUUAUCUACAUUUUUGUGGACUGUAAUGUCAACACUUGUACGCAAUCUACAGUAUAUACUACAUGCCCUGUUGAUACGUAAUUCCAUCAGUAUGUGGCUGUUAUUUGAAUGAUGCAGCCAUUUGGCGAUGCCAUCCGCCAUGUUUAGUCUAGUUUAAGAAAUGACCUGUGUCUACAAAAAGACAUGUGUCUACCUAAAAAGAAAUGACCUGUGUCUACAUAGACCUCAGAUUGAGGUGUCUUGUCCCGCAGCCUUAAUCAGAACUGAUGGAAGCGCAACAGUGUGGGAAAGCUUUUAUUUUUUCCAUAGAUGUUAUGAUAUUGAUGAUGAUGAAUAUGACGACUUAUAUUAUGCUAAUGAUGAUUACAUGACUGGUUUCUGUGUUUCUUUUCCUAUUUUUUUCUCACUUCUCGUCGAUAUCUAAACGUUUGUAAAAUGCUAACAGCCUGGUGACGGGCAGAAUUAAAACCUUAUACUACAGCUCCAUGGAGCUCAGAAGCUAGUAAAACCUUUUUAAAAAAAAUGUCUGUAAAAGCUGUUUGGUCAUAUUGUACAUUACAUGUGAGAAACAUAAAAAGCGAAUGUUGAGAA